AUGUCCGUCCAAGCCCGUCAAACACAAACUCCAGGCUUCUUCUCACCCGAAGACAAGCAAAUCAUUGGCCUCAUAAUCCUUUAUGGAACACUCAGUUUCUGGGCUGUCGCUUUGCCAAUAUUGAUCUUCCAGAAUCGGGCCAACAUUAGGACAUGGUGGAUGGAGCGGAGACGGCGGAGACAGAUCUGGGGUUGCGAGGUGAAUGUAGAUGGAAUAAGUGGGAAUUUGGGUUCGGGAGAUAUUGUCAAGAGGAGUGAGGAAUCUAUUCAUGAUAUACCAGAAGAUGAGAGAGUUCAAAUGGACCUUAGCACCCGAGUCAGUGGCAACUCGCCACCUGAUCACAGGAAUUGA